CUUGGGGCUUAUAAAUACGAUCCUUUCCAUGAAUGAAAUGACCACACAAUAAUAUUCUUAUGUUGUAGUUGUUCAGUUUGCAAAUAUGGCUGCAGUGAAAAAGUUUGCAAUCUUCUUCGUUGUUCUCUUGGCCAUAACUAUUGUUGAUAUGUGUGGAACAUCAAAAGUAGUGCAAGUUACGGGAAGCAGUUGUGGCGAUGAUUGUGGGAGUAACAGUGAUUGUGGUGGUUGGACUCCUUGCCAGUGGUGUAAUGAGAAGACAAAUCCUUACACUGGUGAAACAUUCAAGUCAUGUGACAUGUCCUUUAAUUUGGAGCCAUUUGCCACAAUCUCGUCUCGUCAAGAUAUACGAGGCAGAUUCUUUCAUGACUCGUUUCGGCCGAGAGAAAGAGAGCAAUGAAUAAUAUCAAGGAGCUUCUGAGUAUCCCAGAUUAUAAAAUAUCUUACUACUCCAAUUAUGUGUGUGUUUGUAUUUCUUUUCCCUUUCCUAGCAAGCUGUCUUGACGUACGUUAAGAUAUUUGUGCUAGUGUUAUGGUUGUACGUUGUUAUUCUCAUCAACAAUAAGGAGCCGUUUGGUAGGGUGUAUAGAAUAGUAGUGAAGAAAUCAGAAUAUUGUGUAUUGGUAAUAUUUGUAUUAGCUAUAUUUGCAUUAGUUAUGCUGUAUUUGAUUUGGUUUAUUAAAAAUAAUAUACAUUGCAUAAUUUCUAAAA